UAAAACAUGAUAGAAGAAGAAGAAUGCCAUGACGUCACAGCCCGUGAUGGCGGUUGAUUUGACUCCUCGAUUUAGAAGGUUGAACAGCCAAACAAGAAGUUUUCGUGAUAAUAUACAGCAUGAUUUUUCAGGACCAUUUGGAGCCACCCAGCUGUGGCACAACAUCAUCCACGCCUUGCAGUCUCAGGUAGAGGUGCGGCGCUGCCGGAGACACCUCCGCGUUCAUGCAGAAUGCUUCACGGGCUCGGACGCCGUGGACACGGUGCUCAGCUACCUGAUGCAGAACGUGGUGUUUUGCACGAGCGACUUGUCUCGCCUCAAAGCCGCUCGGCUCUGCCAGGCUCUGAUGGAGGCUAAGGUGUUUGAGCCAGUGGGGACGAAGCUGUUUCGCAGAGAGAAGGAGGUGACCUUUGAGGACAGCAGCUACAGUCUGUACCGCUUUCUGGAGUAUAAAGGGGUGAGCGGUUCCGCUGGGAAGGAGGGGAGUGUCGAUAUAGAAAAUGUAGAGCCUGAGGAACAUGGGGCAAAAAGGAAAAAGAUGUCAAGGUUUGACGAAUUUUUGACAAUCUCCAAUCCGUUAGCUGUAAAACCAUCAGAGAAGACGGUUGAAAGGCUUUUGAAGACCAUUAACUUGCAGCCAUGUGUGUCUUCAGCUCCGGAAAAGCCAACCACAAACUUCUUGUCCAAAUCUGUUGUAGAUGAGGUGUGGAAGCAGCAGACCCUUCUGCAGCUGCUGCAGAUGGUGGAGUUGCCGGUGUUGGAGUGCAUCCUGACCUCUCCUGAAAGGGUUCAGCCUCAGCGCUGCAGAGCUCCUGCCCAUGGAGACUUGGUUAUCUCUAACACAUGCCUGGACAGGGAGCCGCCCCUCAAUCUGCUUCAAUUGGAUGCAUGGCUGUCAGCAGCAGCGGACUGCUUGGAACUCUUUCCAGAUCAGCUGAUUGUGGUUGCAGGGGAAAAGCUCAGCAAACAUGACGGGGAUUCCUCCACGGAAGCUAGCAACUCGCAGCAAACGAUAAGCCAUAAGCGACUGCUGUUUGACACUAUUGCUAAGUACUACAACGGGCAGGAAAAAGCCCCGCUUCUCUCAGGGCGCUAUCUGGAUAUACAUGCUGCAAUUCUGAAUUUACUUGAUGAAGGGAAGAGACAGGAAGCGAUUAGAGCAUCCCAGCUGUGUUUGCGACUGCUGGACACGAGCUCCAGGGAGGAGCUGCGCAGACUGCUGGGCUUCAUGGCCAUCGCAGCUCAACCAGAUGCUUGCCAGUUGCAGAAGAAGACAGACAACAGGAUCCUGGUUUGCCGCACUUUUCAGAGAGCUCUUAUUCAGAGUCAUGAACUGACUCGAUCUCACACUGAAACUCUGGUGUUCUUCCUGAUGGAUCAUCAUACUGAGCUCUUCAAGACGCCUACAGCCCUUAUUGAAGCAGUGAGAGCAGCUGUGAGAACGCUGCAGCAGGGCAGAGACCCCGACUCUGUUGCAACUUUCACCUUCUGUCAGCAGGUGACUCCACAGGAGUACGAGGAUCAGCGUGAGGCCGCCACCCUGAAGAACCUCAAGCAACUUCUCCAAGAGAUUUCAUCAAGCAAGAGCAUGAAUGUGAAGGAGAAGAGAAAGCUGCUCAAAGAGUUCGAAAAGCAUCACCCCGUGGUCUUUCUUCAGCAUUUUUCCAGCACUUUCUGAGACUGUGAUGCUUGUUUGGUACACAACAACUUCAGGAAAUUAGUUGCAGCAUUAAAAAAGGGAAUUAUUGGUGUUGAAGGGAAAAAAAAGAAGUAGUUAUUGAUAUAAAGUGGUUCAUGUAUACAGGUGUAUACAAUUCUGCUAAAUCCUGGGGUUCAUUGUGUUUUACAUUUUUUUGUGAGUUUUUAAGAACAAAAGCUAAAAAAGGAAUAAAAAAUUCCUGAAAGGAUCUAUUCAGGUAUAAUUAUGGAGGAUUUUGCACUAACUUUAAAAUGUCAUUAAUUGUAAUCUAGUCUUUUUUUACUGUAGCAAAAAAGUCUUCCAUGUGUUGCUCCUGUUACGGCAUAAAAUACCUAAAUGGAACAACCUUUCAAACUUUUAUUAAGCUUUGAUUUAGGAAAACGUACAAACGAAAGCUAAUGUCAGAAAUGAGUUUUCUUGAAGCAUGCUUUUAUGUUUAUAUCAUAAGUUUUGUCAAAAUAGCUCAGGGUAACAAGAAGGAUCGAUUCUUUUUAGACAUUUCAAUAUUUUUACUUGAAAAAUAGCAAUGAUUACUCGAUUGAAAAGCUAGAUGUAUUUGUUUUUUAGUCUAAUAAGUUCACUUUUAUUGUUUCUAGGUGUUGUUUUUAUCACUUUAUAUUUUUUAACAAUGUUCUGGAGAAAAUCAGCUGUAAUUUCAUUUUGUCAGAAUUUAUGGUGGUUAGCAAAACACUGACACUUGUUGUAAUGCACUUUAUGCUGCUAAAGCAUGUAAAAAUACAUGAAACAAUUAAAAUGGUUCUCAAGCAAG